AUGGCCGCAUGUCUUGUGACCCACCCCUUGGAUUUGGCCAAGGUGCGGUUGCAAACAGCCACGACACCUGGCCAGUCGCUUUUUUCCAUGACUUACCAGAUUAUCACUAAAGAGGGCUUUUUCAAGAUCUACUCUGGUUUGUCUGCUUCGUUGCUUAGACAAGCCACCUACUCUACUGUCAGAUUUGGUGUCUACGAGUACAUGAAGGAACAGUACACGGAGAAAUACAACACAAUGCCAUCCACGGCUGUGUUGCUACCCAUGUCUAUGGUUUCCGGUGCUUUGGGUGGUCUUGUGGGUAACCCAUCUGAUGUGGUCAACAUCCGUAUGCAAAACGAUUCCACAUUGCCUGUUGAACAAAGAAGAAACUACCGUAAUGCAUUUGAAGGUAUCUUCAGAAUUGUGCGUGAAGAAGGCCCCGGCUCGCUUUUCAGAGGCCUCAUGCCAAAUUUGGUCAGAGGAGUCUUGAUGACUGCUUCGCAGGUUGUCACUUACGACAUUGCCAAGAACAUUUUGGUUGGUAACUUGAACAUGGACCCCUCCAAGAAGUCUACACACUUCAGUGCAUCUUUGUUGGCUGGUCUUGUGGCCACCACUGUGUGUUCGCCAGCUGAUGUGGUGAAGACCCGUAUCAUGAAUGCUAAGGGUACAAGUGGAGGUGCAGUUUCGAUCUUGACCACAGCAGUCAAGAACGAGGGUGUUGGUUUCAUGUUCAGAGGCUGGUUGCCAUCUUUUAUCCGUUUGGGACCACACACUAUCGUCACAUUUUUGGUGUUGGAGCAGUUGAGAAAGUUCAAGGUGGGAAUGUUUUAG